AUGAUGAGACCCCUGACAUUAUCUGAACAAGAAGAACUUUUGUAUUUAUCAGAAAGUGAGGAGGACCCGUUCGUCGACAGUGGCAGUGAAUACGAGCCUACUGAUCAUGAGAGUUCAAGCGACGAAGACGAAUUGCCCGAUGUUGCCGCUUUAGAGGAUGCAAGCCUUACCGACAUUGAGAAUAAUGAGACGAUUAGUGUUCAAAACAGUAACAGUGAUAUUCCGACCUGGACUGAUGUGCCUAAUCAAAAUGACUUUUUAUUUUCGGCCGGUUGUUCGCACAGGCAGACAGAUACAGCUAUGGAUAUAGAGAUUUUAAUAGCAUCAGUGUAUAAGAAAUGCCCAAUAUGGGAUAAGAAAAGUAAAUUACACAGCAAUAGAAAUGUUGUUGACAAAUGUUGGAAAGAAAUUGCUGAAGAAAUGAAAGAGGAUGAAAAUAAACUGAGGAAAAAAUGGAAGUAUAUCAGGGAUCAAUUUUCCGUAGAAUUAGGAAAAUUUCCUCCUCCACGUUCAGGUGAUGCCGCAAAUGAUACUCCGACAUCCAAGUGGCCAUACUUCAAACUGCUCUUAUUUUUGAAAGAUACGGUAAUGCCUAGAAAGUUGAAAGGAAAUUUGCCACAAGUAAGUGGUCGUACUGAAAGCUUUGCAGAAAGUCAAACUGAAGCAGAAGAGUCGAUUCAGUCAUCGAUGGAAUUAGACGAGACCAGCUUUUGUUCCACUGAAGAUGUUGUACCUCCUCAACGAAAUGCUGGCGAUGAUAUCGUAGAAAAUACAAGGCAAGAAAAUAUUGAAACACCUUCGAGAACAAAAAGGAAUACUGAUGUAUCUUCGACACCACAAUUUUCAUCUAAAAAGAAACGAGGCCCAACAGAAAUAUUUAACGACUCAUUAUUAGAAAUUGAGAAACAAAAAAGCCUUGAUAAUCCGGACAUGCGUUACUCCGGAUGCUUCAGUAGUCCGAAUACGAAUUUUGCCGCUAUUAUGUACGUUAUAGUCCGGAUUCGCUUGUACGCGAUAAUCCGGAUCGCGCUGUUUUCAGCCGUUUUGCAGGCUUUGACAAGUUUAAAUUGA